AAUAAUGUUAGCGAAAAUAGGAGCUCUUAAUGAUAGGGUUUUGAGUCCAUCUGAGAUUGAUUUGCUUAUAAAUGAUUUAGCUAGGGAAAACAUAACAGUCUGGAACAUCGCUGAAGCACUGACCUAUGCCACCACCUCAAUAGUUACCAACGCCCUCGAUAUCGCUCUACUGAUAAAGCUACCAAAGUUGGAUCCAAGGAUUUUUAGAAAGAUUUUCGUUCUUCCAACAUGGUUUAAUCAUCAACAAAUCCAUGUUCCUAAUAGCUACUACCUUAACCAUGGAAAUGAGUAUUAUAUCGUUCACAGCCUGGAACCAAAGAUCUUCGAGACAACAGACAUAACACCAGAUAAUACCGCAUGUGUGCCCAACCUUCUGAAUGGAAAAUCUGCCAAAUGCGUAUACCUUGCCAACCCGAUGGAAGAAGUCGUUUCAAUCGACAAUCAACAUAUCCUCAUCAAUCUUCAAGAGAAUUUCACUCUACACACCAACUGUGGUUUACCGACAAGGAACCUCUCAGGAACAUACCUUAUAUCAUUCUCCAACUGCGAGGUAACCAUUAAUAACAGAACCUUUUCACAUCAAAUUAGAAAUACAACAGAGGAUCUAAGGUAGACAUCCGGAUAAAGCCAGAGGAAAAGACCAAG